UCUCAAUUACAUACGCAAAUCCACUUUAUAGAGUAGUUGUUGUUUGUUACGUUAGUGGAGUAGUUAGUUGUAUUUCCAUCGACAAUUCUUUCUAACUAUAUAUUUCAGUUGAUCGAUUAUCCCCAUAACAAAUUCGACAUGGAUUCUCCUGUGUUGCAUGAAUUCAGAAGGCAGGCUUCCUUGUUCCUCAAAGAGAAAAUCAGGACUGCUCGACUGGCUCUUACAGAUGUUACUCCUCCUCAACUGCUGGCAGAAGAAGCAACAAAUGGAGAUUUGAGUGCACCAAAUAUGCAAACCAUGAGACUAAUAUCACGUGCAGCCUUUGAAGUUGAUGAUUAUUGGAGGAUCGUUGAUAUUCUGCAUAAGAGAUUGUCGAAAUUUGAGACAAGAAAUUGGAGGUCAUCUUAUAAGGCUCUAAUGUUAUUGGAAUACCUGCUAACUCAUGGACCACAAAGUAUUGCAGAGGAGUUUCGAAGUGAUGAAGAUGGUAUCACACAGAUGUCAAGUUUUCAAUAUGUUGAUGAAAAAGGGUUUAACUGGGGAUUAAGUGUUAGAAAUAUGUCAGAGAGGAUCAUAAUGCUACUGGAAGACAGAAGCUUCCUGAAACAAGAGAGAGACAGAGCGCGAAAAGUGACUGUUGGAAUAAAAGGGUUUGGGAGUUUCUGCAAACGUCCGACCAUUUCCGAGAGGUGCAAUACUGAACAAACGCUGGGAAGUGCUCUCAAUGAUCCAAUUAGUGAUGACAAGACAUGGGAUCACCAUCCAUUCUGUGAUAGAGAGAAUAAACAUAGCCAAGCUUCCUUGCUUUCCACCUCAGGAUGAAAUCAUGUACUAGUAUUACUUUUCUUUAUCAAUGAGAUUGUUACCUGAUCAAACCAUCUUAGGUCGUAGCAUGGUGGACGCAUAUUGAAAUAUGAUUAUGGAAAGUUGAAACUUCUAAAUCAAUAAAAAUAAAAGAAUAAGAUCAUCCAACAAUCAACUCAUUUCAAUCAAACACAGAGAACAACAAAUACAGAAAA